AAUUCAGUUUAAUUUCUUAUUAGUUUUGUUCUCUGAUAUUGAUCAACGUUAAGGAUACUAAACUCCUACGAAAAAUGGCUCUUGUUUAUUUGCAUGAAAAAAUGAUACUUCAAACUCGAGUCACAGAUUGCUUAACUAUUAAAAACCUUCUUUCACAACAAUUUGGCUUGUUUCCAAAUGAUAUAUAUUUAGAACAAAAUGGACGUCGGUUAAUGCCAAAUAGCACCGUUUCUGGAGUGACACACUGCCGUCUACGCAUCUUGGGAGGAAAAGGAGGUUUUGGAUCCAUGUUACGAGCGAUUGGUGCGCAAAUAGAAAAGACCACAAAUAGGGAAGCAUGUCGAGAUCUGAGCGGGCGCCGUUUACGGGAUAUUAAUGAGGAGAAGCGCCUGAAAGCAGUUUUGGAAAAAAUGGGAGACUUAGAACGCGAUUCACAGGAAAGAAAAAAACGGAAAAUAGAAAAGUUACUUGCAGUUCCUCGUCAUGAUUUUAAGGAUGUGGAAUAUGAAGAGGUCAGAGCUAAUCUAGCAGAUAAAGUAAAUAGUGCGGUUGAAGAAGGACUUAAAAAAAAUGAAGAUAAACCAGGGUGUAGUGACGAGUCUUUGAAACGUAAACACAAAAAACCCACCGUAACUAGUGCUAAAAAGAGGAAAACAACUUUAUGGAUCGACGACGAUAUUUUAGAUUCUGAUGAGAGUGAUGGGUCAUUUGAAGGAGCGGAUUUACAAGCACUCCCUUUACAUAAAAAAGAAGAAAUAAAUUAAAUUGUAUUAGAUAUAGCUAUUUAAAUAUAUUUGUUAGAUAUAUAUGUCUCUAUUAAAAGUUUAUCUAUACCACACAAUGCAUAUGAAUAAAACAAUGAAAAAUAAUAAAAAGGAAUGUAUA